UGCCGUACAGGGGGAUCAUGUCCCUGUCCAAUCCCUUGUCCCAUGGGUUGUUGAAAGAUCUUGGCAAACUUGCAGAGUUGAAAGGACGGGGUCUGAUUCUUGACAGUCACUUCGAGACGAUAAAAACACAUGUGAAGGCGGGAAACUCCGUUGCGAAGGAGCGGUGGGACGCCAUCGAGAGCGCGUGGGGGUUGAAGCAGAACGGUAUCUUCGACGAAGGAGAGUGGAUCGCGCAGAUUGAUGGUGAAAUCCAGGGCAUUACCAGCAGCACCCGCCUGUCCUUGUCAUCCCAACCAGAUGCCAGCAGCGCACGAGGUGCUGCUGCACCACCUUCUCAGCACCCACCUGCUGCUGCAGCGGGUACCGCGAGGAGGAAGGUGGAUCGAGGGAAGCACGCCAGGGAGAGAGCUGCGAAAAGCACUUUAGGCGGCAACGUCUGCAACGCGUUCUCGAUUGGCAGCGGGCAACCGACGUCGGGGAGUUCCAACCUUUAUCAAGGUGGUCUCCACAUUACCCCCCCCUUUUUCGAGGCUUCUUCUUGUUUGCUAGGCAAGAGAAGUCUUCUUGGGGUAACCGGAACCCGACCGGCUGGCGGCGAGUAGAACCACCUUUUUUUCCAACAAUUUUCUGUGCGUGUGUGCGGGUGCGCCACUUCCGCCACGCAUUGCCAGAAGUUUCGAGUUCGAUAGACAGUGCAUCGUUUUCUUGGCCCACCCACCGUUUUUCUUUUUUCCGUACUCCGGAAGAAAAUCAGGUGAGCAGCGAUUUUUGAACCCGUGUCUUUUGCAACCAAAAGCAGACACCUGACAUCUCUUCGUCGGCGCCGUUGUGGAAAAGAGGGUUUCGUCCUCGACAAACAUUGGGGAGUUUCAACCUUUAUGAAGGU